GUUCUUUAAAUAAAUCUUUCCUACUGAACUUUUCCUUAACGUAACCUUAAAACCACUGUGUAAUGAGUUAUGCGGACAGUUGAUAAAAUGAAAUCAAACUGAACUUCGAUCAAGUGUCAUAUUUUACGCAUACAAUGUCAACUUUCAUGACCUACCUGCGAUGAGGGCGUUCUUUGCAUCCAGUUGGAUAUAUUGAGCGACUAAUUAGCACCGAAACACCAAGAAUGCAACAGUGAAUAAGCGAUACUAAAAGAACAUUUCCUCCCGUAAGGGAAGAAGGAAAAUGUGCUCAUUACCAGGUCUCCCAGUCGUUAGCCCGUUGCGUGACUAAUUGAAAAUUGGUGACGUCAAAAGAGUAACACCAUCUCAUCGCGUGACCCAGAAAAUUGCCAUAUUAUCCUGGGUCCUGUGCUCAGGGAAGGCAUGGCGGCUUCACGUUAAUUGCGGAAGUAUACAUUACUAGACAACUAGCAGUAAGGUCCCAUGCAGUUGAUAAAGUAUCUCUCUUUCUCUGUAUACUAGGCCUCAAUUCAAAAGUACACCGAAGGAGAUCCAGUGAGUCUUGUAGAAUAACGUUUUUGCCAUUAACUUCUUUAUUGAACACGGACGGCCAUACAAAACACAGUAACCAUGCCCUCGACCAGAAGUCAAACAGCUCGUAAUACUCGAUCAAGCGGCCGAGCUUCUAUACAAACUGGACCAGGGACAUCCACAGGUGUUAAAAGGAGACAAACGAAAGCGAAAUCAAAGACAUCAGUCAAUCCUAAACCAUCAGCGCUACGAAGCGACCGUGACAACAAAGAGAAAAUUCGCCGCAUACUGUGGAAUUUGGUCGAAAAAUACUUUCCUUGGUUAAAGAUCAUCUUGGAACCGUUUAAGAGUUACAAUGAGACUGUUGCUUUUAUCAUUAUCGCGGCAAUAUUGAUAUUUUAUGCGUUAUGGAGCUUUCGCAUCACAAUCAUUAAUGCAGUAACUGUUUUCAGGCAGAAACGUUUUACAGCUGACUUGCCAAGCGUGUAUUUUAACGAGGUUUCAUGGCCUCCAAGGCACCGUUGGAUAUGGCGUGAAGAAGAGAUUUUAAACGUGACAACACGGAUAAAAGCAAUGUCUAAGGAACACGAUGGAAAACAGAUUCACAUGUAUUUGAUUGGCGGACCAGGCUCGGGGAAAUCGGAGCUCGCCAGACAAGUUGGGGUUCGUUUAUAUGACUCGCUAAAGCAAAACGAACAACCAGUCGACGUCAUAACAAUCGAUGCUUUCAGUGAGACUUCAAUUAUGUCAAGCCUCGUAGAUUCAAUUUUUGCCCUUUGCAACGGCUCUGCACAAAAAUCCGACGGUAUUAAGCAAAUCAAAGAAGAAUUAAACUUAAGAUUUGGGGAUUUGUUUCCAAGCGAAGGUAACAUUUUAAAAACUGAAAUGAAACUUAAAGUUCUAUACGCAAAACUUGGCGAACUUUUCAAACAGCGAAAAAGUAGGCCUGUCUUGAUUUUUGAUAACGUGCGAGAUCUGAAGCCGUUGUUUAGCUACUUGAACCUUGAACCAGGAAGUGAACAUUUCACGACUUUCGUGGUAAUAGUAACUCUACAAAAACGCGUUUCGGCUUUGGAAAGAGUGAGUCCUUAUGUGCAAGUGCAGGAUUUAUACGAAGGCAUGUCAAUUGCUGAUUCCGUGGAACUACUUAAAUUGAUAUCAGGAUUAAGCAAGGACAGUGAGCGCCAAGCAGCUGAAGAACUGGCAACUAUACUCGGGAGGCAGCCUCUUGCGCUCGCAACAGCAGCCAUAUACAUCGAUAGUGUGCGAGAGGGCCCACCGAAAUACGCUGAAUAUUCCUACUCAGAUUACAUUUCUGAGUUCGAACGGGACAUUCAUUUGCUUGGAAUGGAAGAGGACAUUGAAUGGCGAGAGAGCGAUGUUUCGAAGUACGCAGUAGCCAUGUACACGGCUGUUCUCAAAGCAGUGAAUCAGUCUGCGCAAAGUGAUCCCGUAAUGCGAGAUAUUACUUGUAUUGGCUAUGCAGAUUCGUCUCCACUUAGUUUGUCAUAUGUUCUGGACUACCUAAAAACGAAUUCACACCACCACUUCACAGAAGCACAGGUUCGAAAUUCUUUAAGGAAUGUUCUUUUUAAGGUGGCAGGUAAACAGGGUCACCAAACCAUAUCUAGUCACCAGGUUGUCCGAGAAGCUUUUCGCCAAGUCUGCAAGAUAUCCUGACCGCACUGUGCGUCUUUUCCACGAGGGAACAUUUGAAAGUGGCGGAUGUCAUGAGCAGCCGUUUCUCUG